UUCUAAUACAAUAAAGCUAACAAGACUGAUGGGUUAGUGAAAUCUGAUUUGUGUUUGACACAUCGAUCUUCUGGUUUUAUCUGAACAGAUUAAGCAAAUGUAAGCGUUCGGCACCAAUGUGGAGAGAGGACAUGAAAUUGCACUUUAACCUGCAUCGAGGGAUUCACGGCCACACGAAUAUAGUGUUUGAGACCCUUUCAAAGCUAUCGAUCGUUGUUCAUGGCCUGUUGGUUGUAUUACAACCCCCACUGAAGACCUUUCCCAAGAAAAACUCAGUAUUCCAAAGAAUUCUUCCCAGCCGGUGUACAAAGGCUAAAAAAACGACAGUGGAAAGUGUCAUUUUGGGCAAAAACUUCAAAAAGAAAUUGGCAGCAGACGGUAAAAGCUUUGUGAUAGAAGAGAAAUACUUGCAGCAUGCCUACCGUUUCCUUUCAACACUACGAUCCUGCUUGCUGCUUUCCUAUGAUGGACUGUACAGUUAUUUCAUCUCCGUAUCAGAUACGCUGCCUUCCUCAUGCAAGCUGGAGCUUGAAAAACUGGAUCUGAAAGCUCGGCUCAGUGAGUUAUCUGACAAAGUGACGGAAAUAGAAGACCCCAAUGAUCUGGCAGACGCAAUAAAUAGCAGCCUAAUAGAACUAUCAGCUCAACUUCUCAAUUUGUGGGGAAAAUUUCUUCAAUCCUCCUUCAAGAGUGAACAAGAGAAGAAGCAAAUAAAGGAAGAAAAGUUCAAGAAAUUAUUCUUUUCUACUGACCAUCCCCAACAAGAAGCUAUUUUAUAUGAUGAGAAGAUGUGA